UACAUGAUUGAAUAGACGGCAAUAGCACAUGGAGCACAUGUUCAUUGAAUGAAGUAAACAGAAAAAAAAUAAAAAUGACGCGACACAAAAAGUUCUUGAAAUCUGAAAAGGCAAAAAUAAAACUAAAGGGAGCAAAACUUCCAAAAGGCUUAAAUGUUACCAAAACGGAAUUUAAAGUGCGAAAAAUUGUGAUUCGUGAUCAAAUUAAGGAACCAACUAUAGUUGACGGGACAAUAGUUCGAUCCAACAUAAAGGAUUUGUUAUCGAAGCUACAACAUCAUAAUUCUUCUAGUCGAAAUGAAGGUCUACAUUUUUUAAAUGAAAUUAUAACGAAUCAUCCACAAGAAACCAGCAAACAUUUAGGAGCCAUAAUCCAGGGAAUUUCUCAAUUGGCAUUAGAUAUUGAGAAAGACGUUCGUAAAGAAUGUUUUAAAGCAUUGAAUUUGGUGUUUGCUUCACAAACAUCGAAUUUAAUUUCGCCAUUUUUCAAUAUUAUCACAUCGUAUCUACGAUGUGCUAUGACACACAUAAACAUCCAAAUUCAAGAAGAUUCGUUAUUAUUCUUGGACUGUUUGCUUAUGUACAGUCCAUCGUUAGUUGCAUCGAAUAGUGACAUUAUUUUUUCAUGUUUCCUCGAUAUGAUUUCAAAAUUGCGCACCGAAGCGAAACCAGACCGAACACUCACAACGAAUGUGGGACGAAAAUUGACAGGCGUCAAAUGGAGAAGCAAAGUACUUGAUCGUCUGUUGGGUAUUUUGAAAGCAUUUGUAGCACAUCGAAAACAUGCAAGCAUGGAAAUACAAAUGGAUGUAGAUCAAGCAUCAAACACAGUAAUCGAUGAUGCGUUUAAACUUCCAAUUGAGCAAACAAUAAUGGGUGGCAGUCUCCAAAAAACACAGUUUUCAUUUGAUGAUCGUAACGAUUUUUUCAUUUCAUCGGUACGGAAACAACUGAAUAGAAACUGCGAUUUGCCAUUAUUAUUUCGUAAAACCGGUUGCGUGGCCACCGCAAAUGCAUCAAAUUUAUUGAUGGAACGUGACGAAGGGCAAAAAUUUCAAAAAUAUGUUGAAAUUUUAAUGCCACUAUUAUUCGAGACUUGGAUGGAAGCUCGACCUGCAAGUAAUUCAAAAAAAUCAACGGCUGAAUUUAUUAAUGAAGAUGUGUGCAUAUCCAAUGAAGCUGCAUUCACAUUGAAAUUCACUAUUGAAAUCAUCGAACAACUGUUAGAAUUUAUUCAAAUGUGUGAUCAUGAUGUUAAUAACGAUGACCUUAUCAAAUGGUUCCGGAAAAGAUACAGCCAAGAAUUUUCGAAUCAAUUCUUAAAUGAAUUUCCGUAUCGUCAAACUGAUGGAUUUAAAGGUAGUAAACGAAAAUCAAAAGGAAUGGCAACAGAGCAAGAUGUUUUUGAAGCAGGCGGUCAAAAAUGUAUCCAACAAAAUUUAAAUAUCGCUUUUGUAUUCUGGACUCUGAGCAAAAACUCACGCAGUAAUCAGUCAUUGAAAACUGUCAUCGAAUUUAUCAAAGAGAGUUUAGCUUGUGUAGAUUCAUAUGGCACGGAUGUUUUGCAAAUCUUGGUAAAAGUGUUGCGAACAAUUUUGGUUGAUAAUUCUCAAGAGCGAUUAGAUACCACGUCAGAAAUCAAAGAGCUUUUGUCAACAGUUGUUGUGCUUUAUCAACGUGGGAAGUUUCCCAAAGAGAUUCGAACCCGUAUUUUAAUCAUAUUGUGCGAUAUUGUGCUGGACCACAAACUUUAUAUUGCUUAUGGACAAAAUAUUUUUAGCAAUUGGUUGUCAACACUUCCAAAACUGCUAUGUCAACCGUAUGUUUCACCACAUGUUUUAAAGACAUUUUCCCAUCUAACUCGGCAGAAAAAUCCAAUAUUUAUUAAACAUUUAGAAGAAAGCAAAGACGCUAUUAUCGCGAAUUUGCCACAAGUUAACAUCAUUGGAUUAACGAAUCAAACACAAGAAAAACAAGAAAUAAUAAAUUUAUUUUUCUGGCUAAAGUCAUGGAAACCAGAUCAAAGUGAAGCACGUAAAAAUCAACUUGGGAAUGAAUGGCCAAUGAUAGAGAAAGUAUUUCAAAUCAAAAAUUAUUAUUAAACACCAUGAGAUGAAAUUUGAAAUUAAAAUGAAAAUCGUUAUCAAAAUUGAAUAUGUUUUCUUAACCUUUAUGUGAUUUGUUUAAUUUCCAAUCAACCAGAAAACGAAUUAAAACAUUUUUGAGACACAUAAAAAA